UGCAGCCUUUGCAAUUUGAAAAUUUCAUUUGACUACAUUGCAAUGUAUAUUUGAAGUUCACGUGUUACAUUUGGCUACUAAUUUUGUGUAUAUACUGUUAAACACCCCUCCUCCCCUUCCCCAAGUGAUGACACAGUCCUAUACAAGGCCAACUUGUCAUCUUUCUUAACAUGUGUGUAAGCGGUGGGAGGGUUUUCGAGAGGAUGUCGAGACAGGAGUCUUGUUUUCAGUGUGGAAACAUGAGGGGUCUGCUGAGCUGUCUGUUUCUCGCCUCCCACUGCGCUCUCACAUCACGCAGUGGUGCGUCCACUUUGCAUGUGAGCCAGAGUGCUGACAUGACCGUCCUUGAGGGCCAGCUGGUCAAUAUCCGCUGCUGUUGGACAGGCAACUUCUCCAGAGUCACAGUCGAGUUGCUGAAAAACAAAAUCCAGUAUAAGAAAUUAAAAAUAUGUCAGUACCCAUCUUGCCAUGCAGCUGUGCAAAAAGAUGCCAUGAUGUGCGUGUGGUUAGAAUUGCUCAACGCCACAACAGAGCACUCUGGCACAUACAUUUGCAAUGUCUCUGCGGACAUACCCACUCUAAUAUCUGGCAAUGGAAACGGUACCGUUGUUACAGUAACGCGCCAAAGUUCAAAUGGAACCGCAGAGGGAGAUGUUGCAGAUGAAUCCACAAGUCCUUCCUGGCCUCUGCUCGGGGGUUCCUUGGCUUCGGUGGGAUUCCUGCUCCUGGUCACGCUCGCUUGUUACUGCAAACUCAAACAAAGAACAGCCACCCGGGUGAUUUACGAGAGUCCCAACUUUGACUCUGACAUGGACAAACGCAGCAGCGGCAGCUCCUCCGCAGGCUCCACCGAGUGGCGUCAAGUGGUCGUGUAUGAAUCCGUUGAUUACUUUGAGCGUGUGGAGCUGAAGCAAAGUGGGUGAGGAAAGGAUCAGAAGCCUUGGUCACUACGACUGAUUAGGCGCGGCAACCUUAAAGACUCAAAGCACUGUUGGGAUCCAUCCAUCCAUCCAUCCAAUCCAUUCAUUUUAGUUAGCUAGCUAGCUAUCAAGCUAUCUAGCUGGCUUACUAUCAAGCUUGCUGUAUCUUGCUAUCAAGCUUUAUCCUAUCUAUCUAAAUCGCAUCUGUUUUUUUCACACACGGUUGAAAAACAUAUUUGAGCACCAACUUACAGGUUGCAUAUAUAUCUAAGUACUAUACUCACAAAAAGGUUACGAAAAACGUUUCGGUGAUCCUGAAACAUCACCUGCUAAACUUCUCGUGAGUUUCUAAAUGUUAUAUUUUUUUUAUUCAAAGAAGUUGUGAGUUGAUGAGUGAGUGAGCGGGUAUUUCUUGUCAAUUUCCGGGCCAUGGUGGGAAGUGGAAAGUGUGCGAGCGUGUGUUGUCUGUGGCCGUGAAUGGCAGGUCAGUGACAGGAAGUGG